CAGAAUCGCAUCUUCGGUAGCUCAUCUGCAAAGGCUCCGAAACCAACUCUGAACGAUGCCAUUCAAUCCACUGAAACAAGAAUAGACUCCAUGGAAGUGAAGAUUAGAAAGUUGGAUGCUGAAUUGAUCCGAUACAAGGAGAACAUGAAGAAACUACGCGAUGGACCAGGCAAGACAGCAAUGCAACAGCGAGCAAUGAGGGUGCUUAAGCAGAAAAAACUAUACGAAGGACAGCUCGAGCAACUUCAACAACAAACCUUCAAUAUGGAACAAGCUAUAAUGACGACUGAUAACUUGCGUAACACGAUGGCAACAGUGGAUGCCAUGAAGCAAGCAAAUAAGGAGAUGACGAAACAAUAUGGCAAGAUCAACAUCAGCCAGAUCGAGGCGAUAUCGUACGAUAUGGAAGACUUGAUUGAACAAGCUAACGAGGUCCAAGAAAGUCUGGGCAGAUCUUACGGUGUCCCUGACGAGAUUGAUGAAGACGAAUUACAAGCGGGUAAGUUCUGCCCUCGUUGGGAGAUCAAUUCGGAUAAAUUCCUGACUGACUCCUUGUGUGACUAA